GAUUGGCCAGGCUAGGGCGCAGCCUCAACCAAUGAGGCGCGACUUAAGCUUCCCCUUGAAUGAAGUGUGUGUAAUUUGUGAGUUGUUGUGUGUAAGUGAAACUGAUCAAAGGCGCCACGGCUGGUGUUCUUGGCUCUAGAGGACAACUUGCCGCGUCGAGAGGCGGCGGGGACGGAGGCGAUCAGCUCAAUACACCCCCGCUGAGCUAGAGAACCGGAGAGCUUGGUGGGCAUUUCGCUUGGGGAUCAGGUGGCUCCUCCUGUCGCCCUCUUCUCCAUCCCAAAUGCAGAAUGCCAUAGCCUGAAAAACGCGCCGCCGCAUGCCAGGAGCAAGUGGUGGUGGGAGGAAGGGAGAGAAAGGAAGGAAGGAAGGAAAAAGUCAAAGCAAAUACAAAAGUAACUCAACAUCUUUCAGCAAUGAAGAGCAACUUGGUCAGAAGCUUCGUGCCUUGGCUGGUUCUUCUCCUGUGGAGCCUACGGUCUGCAGCUUCUCAAGCAGUCUGUGCAGGCACCCUGAAUGGUUUCAGCGUAACGGGAGAUUCCCACCAGACAUACCAGACACUACAGAAAAUGUACAACAACUGCGAGAUCGUCAUGGGCAACCUCGAGAUUGUGCUCAUUGAAAGAAAUUCGGACCUCUCAUUCUUGCAGGCUAUCCGAGAAGUGACUGGCUACGUUCUGAUCGUCAUGAAUGUCUUCACGUAUUUGCCACUGCAGAACCUGCGCAUAAUACGAGGGAUGCAGCACUAUCACGACUCUGGUGACAAGUAUGCCCUCUACAUCGUCCUCAACUAUGCAAAAAAUGGCACACAUGGCCUACAGCAGUUGGGCUUCAAUCAACUCACAGAAAUCCUGUCUGGGGGUGUCUACAUUGGGAGGAACAAGCAGUUGUGUCAUGUGGAUACUAUCAAUUGGGGAGACAUCAUCCGGGAUCCAAGCUACCCUGCAGUGAUCCAAAAGAACGCAGACAAAAACAAGUGUUCUCCAUGCCAUGAGAGCUGCAAUGGUCACUGCUGGGGUCCUGGUCCUAAUAACUGUCAAACAUUGACCAAGACCAUCUGUGCCCCCCAGUGCAAUGGGCGCUGCUUUGGCCCCAACCCCAAUGAAUGCUGCCAUGACGAAUGUGCAGGCGGCUGCACUGGCCCACUGAAGACAGAGUGUUUUGCCUGCCGGCAGGUCAAUGACAAUGGGGCCUGUGAAACACGCUGCCCUCUUCCGUUGAUCUACAACAAGCUCACCUUCCAACUGGAGCCAAACCCAGAUGCCAAAUACCAGUAUGGUGGCGUAUGUGUCAAAAACUGCCCCCAUAAUUUUGUGGUGGAUCAGAGCUUGUGCAUCCGGACAUGCCCUCCUCACAAAAUGGAAGUGGAAAAAGGCGGCCGGAAGAUAUGUGAGCCUUGCGUGGGGCUGUGCCCAAAAGCUUGUGAAGGGACUGGAAUUGGAAACAAGUAUCAGACAGUGGAUUCCAGCAAUAUUGACAGCUUUAUCAACUGCACGAAAAUCUUGGGCAACCUGGACUUCCUUAUCACUGGUCUUGUAGGAGACCCCUGGCACGACAUAGCUCCCCUGGACCCAGAUAAACUCAAGAUCUUCCAGACAGUGCGAGAGAUCACAGGUUACCUGAACAUCCAGUCGUGGCCCAAACACAUGCACAACUUAAGCGUCUUCUCCAACUUGGAAAUCAUUGGUGGACGCAGCUUGUAUAACCGUGGCUUUUCGCUGCUGAUCAUGAAGAACAUGAAUGUGACCUCUUUGGACUUCCGCUCGCUUAGGGAGAUCAGUGCCGGCAAGGUCUACAUCGCCGAGAACCGGCAGCUUUGCUAUUACAACACGGUCAACUGGGAACGUCUCUCCCGCCGGCGUUCGGACCUUGACAUCAAGAGCAACAAACCUGCCAGGAAAUGCACCCAAGAGGGGAAGGUCUGUCAUCCUCUUUGCUCCACCGAUGGCUGUUGGGGUCCUGGCCCGGAUCAGUGUGUCUCCUGCCUUAACUACAGCCGUGACGGAACCUGUGUUGACUCCUGCAGCUUCUAUGAGGGGGACAUUCGAGAAUUUGCACAAGACGGGGUGUGCUUCCCAUGCCACCCACAGUGCCAGAAGAUUGAAGGAGGCCUAACCUGCAAUGGAUCGGGUCCUGAUGCCUGUAUGAAUUGUGCUAACUACCAGGAUGGGCCGCACUGUGUUGAAAACUGCCCUGAAGGCAUCGUAGGGGUAAAGGGGCUCAUCUUCAAGUUCCCCUCUGCCAACAAUGAGUGCCGGCCGUGCCAUGAGAACUGCACGCGGGGGUGUGAUGGACCACAGCUUGAAGAUUGCUUCAUAGAGGAACUGCCUGUUCCCAGGUUAGCUCCGACAGUGAUUGCUUUGACAGUUGUAGGCUGCCUCUUUGCCAUGUGUUCCUGCAUCUUACUCACCUUUCUGUAUUGCCGUGGCAAGAAGAUUCAGAAGAAGCGAGCCAUGCGCAGAUACCUGGAGAGAGGAGAGAGUUUGGAGCCCCUGGAUCCCAGCGAGAAAGCCAAUAAAGUCCUGGCUCGAAUCUUCAAGGAGACAGAAUUAAAGAAGCUGAAAGUUUUAGGAUCCGGAGUGUUUGGGACAGUGCACAAAGGUGUCUGGAUUCCAGAAGGAGACUCCAUCAAGAUCCCUGUGAGCAUCAAAGUAAUCCAAGACCCAAGUGGCCGGCAGACAUUCCAUGCUGUCACGGAUCACAUGAUGGCGAUAGGUAGCCUAGACCAUGCUUAUAUUGUCCGUCUCUUGGGUAUCUGUACUGGCACCCAACUGCAACUGGUCACCCAGUUCCUCGACCUCGGCUCGCUGCUGGAGUAUGUCCGCAAAAACAAAGAUGCCAUUGGCCCACAGCUGAUGCUCAACUGGUGUGUGCAGAUUGCCAAGGGCAUGUAUUACCUGGAGGAACACCGCAUGGUCCAUCGCAACCUUGCUGCUCGCAAUGUUUUGGUAAAAUCCCCUAGCCAGGUACAGGUGGCAGAUUUUGGCAUUGCCGACUUGCUGUAUCCAGAUGACAAGAAAUACUUCUACAAUGAGAUAAAGACACCGAUAAAAUGGAUGGCGUUGGAGAGCAUACAUUUUGGAAAAUAUACACAUCAAAGUGACGUGUGGAGUUACGGAGUGACAUUGUGGGAGAUGAUGACCUUUGGAAACGAGCCUUAUGCCGGAAUCCACCUUUCAGAAGUACCUGACCUUUUGGAGAAAGGGGAGCGCCUCUCGCAGCCCCAGAUCUGCACCAUUGAUGUCUACAUGGUGAUGGUAAAAUGCUGGAUGAUUGACGAGAACAUCCGCCCCACCUUCAAAGAGCUAGCCAAUGAGUUCACACGUAUGGCUCGUGACCCCCCUCGCUACCUGGUGAUUAAGAGAGAGAGCGGGCCACUUCCCCAAGUUGAGCCACCCACACUCAGUGAAAAGGAGCUAGACGAGAUGGAGACACUGGAAGUGGAGACAGAGUUGGAGGAGGAGGAGCUUAAUAACCUUUUUGCGUCCAGGCAGUGGAUUGACUCCAUGCGGAGCCCAAAUCUUCUUAAUCCUUCUGCUGGAUACAUCCCCAUGAAUCAGAGCAGCCUCGGUGGAAAUCGCCAGAGCACUGGACUGGGCUCCCGGCAGACCUUGCGGAUAAGGCAGGAGUCGAUUGGCCGCACGGUGUCGGAGUCCUCAGAGGGACGGGGCACAACCUCUGACUAUGACCUCACCGAGGACCUGUCGUUGUCCGGGAGCCUGUGCCGCAGCAUGCGAUCUCGGGGAGACAGCGCCUACCUGUCUCAGCGAGAGAGCUUGAUGCUCCCAAUGGGGAGUGCUGACGGAGAGGAAGAUGCCAAUGGCUACGUCAUGCCAGAUCAAAAUGGCAGAGAGCGUGCUGCUUGUAUUGCUGCCUCCUUGGUCCGUGGCUCCAUCCCGGUGUACGAAGUGGAUGAAGAGUACGAGUACAUGAACCGGAGAGCUCCACAGGCCCCAAAGGCCCGGCCAGCCUCUCUGGAGGAGCUUGGCUAUGAGUACAUGGAUCUGGGCUCUGAGCUGAGCACAUCUUUGGGCAGCGUGCCAAGCUCCCAGCUCACCACGCCUUGCCGGGACGAGGAUGAGGACGAAGAAGACUACGAGUACAUGAACAAACAGCCCAAGCUGAGCAAGUCCCUGAGUAGCAUCCGCAGUUCCCGGGGGGACUAUACGGAUAUGGACUCUGGCAUUACACAGGGAUCCCCAGAUGAACAGGGCUACGAGGAAAUGGAUGCUGUCUUGCCCCCAGUGCAGUGCCCUGGCUGCCAGAGUCCGCCCUGCCCCAAGAACGGAUUUGUGAAGCCCCUGCGCACCCUGGAGGCCUCGGACUGUGCUUUCGACAACCCGGAUUACUGGCACAGCCGGUUGUUCAGUCAGGCAGAUGUUCAGAGGACUUAGCGAGCGUUGGACUGGUGGUUUCAUUCGUCCUUUUGCUUGGGAGUAAAAACCUGAGCCCUUACUCUUUAUCGCUGCAAACACCAUUGUUGUGAUGGUGGGCUAAAAAAAGGAAAAACACCCAUUAAGCCUCUGUGACGUUGACCCUAUAAUGGGCAAGUGUAUCGAGACCAACCGGUGACGGGCUUCUCAAGGGUUUGAUGGCAGCUCCCCCCGGCUUGCACUGUGUUUUGACCGAUUACAAGUCAGGUCUCUUCUGUUCAAAUGCUCUGGACUUAAGAGGGCAAACAGAACCUUCUGAUCGGGUGCAACCUAAACUCUGGGAGCCAUUCCUGUGCAAAGAGAGAGGGCUUAUUCUGCGAUAAGAGGACAGAUAAGUGUAGGAAGCAACUGCUUCUGUGGACACAAAGGCCUCUGCGCUCGGGCAGAUAUGACACUGUCUCUUCAGGAAGCAGCUCUGUUCUAGAAAGCCGGAUAGAGUCUUCUGGGCUGAUCCACCAAAGUGCCGAGUGCCCUACUGUGCAGGGUCCUCAGCAACAGCUGAAGCCUUUGGGGUGCCUGUCUCAGCCUUCGUCAUAAUAACCCUCUGCUCACCAAUAGCAGGGGGGCGUUAAGCAUGAGGCAAGCGUGUUGAGCCUUGUAGGAGGCUGCAAAACUGAAGGGAAGGCUUUCUCAAGGAAGAAGUCUUGCUUAUGUCUCUUCCCAACAAUGCAAUAAGGGUGGAUAUGAAGGAUAAUGGUGCUUCCCCCCUCUCCCAGCACGAGCCUGACAACUUCAUUUAGGAAGACAGUGUACCCAAGUGUGGGUCUGCGAUAAAGACUUGUGGGCUGCAAUCCUACCUCUCAGUAAGACUUAAGGUGUAGAAAAUGUGUGUUAGAACCCAGAACUCCUGGGUUUUGUUUUCAGCUCUGUCACUGGUUUUUCAGCAUUCCGUUAGCAACCCUUGUUGUGCCUUAUCAGUUCCCAUAUCAGGAUGGGAGACCCUUGAGGAGUGGAAAGGGAACAAACAUGCUAGAGACCCAGACUUCCACCUCUAGCAUUUAGAUGCUCAUUACUGCAGGCCGACCUAAAUUUUCUCCAGCCCGUGGAAGAUCUCGUAUGGAUCUUGAGCAUCCCAGAACGAAAAGCAGGAGAGAGCAAUGGAACGGAAUGCAGCAGAGCGGCCUUUUGAAAGGCUGCCUUCUCUGCAUUCCCUUCCUCAGUUAAGGGGAUUAUGGGAUGCUUCUCAGGGUAAGUGCCAAGCAGACUUGCAAGCUACUCCUGCUGAAGUUUCCUCUUCUACACAACUGUGGAAGGUGCAGGGUCCCUGUCCUCUCCUCUCUCUGGCCACCCUAGGGCUCAGUAAAGAGGAAAGCAGCAGCAACUCAUGGGGCAAUCCUACACACAUCGACUCAGAGGUAAGCCCCACUGAGUUCAAUGGGGCUCAAGUCCAAGUGAGUGGGUAUAGGACUGCAGGCUGAAACUGAUGAGCAAGACCAUGGAGAUGAGUUUUAGUGCUGAAGCUCAGGAGUGCUGUGCGAAAGGCUGAAAAGUUGCACUAUGAGCCUUGAUGAUGUUAUUCUUGAUUCUUUUGAACCAGGCUCACUUACAUUACAGUAUUAUUUGGGAACAAACUUUUCUCUUCCAUCACCCCACCCUACCCCGAGGGCCAGUCAUAUUGUGCAUAACCUUGACUUUGUUCCCACAAGUUUUAGAUUGCAUCAUAUAAAGGGAUAUUUUCAAAAAAGAAAAGAAAAAGGGAACAUCAAACCUGAUGAAGAAAAAAACAAGUUUGUGAGGGAAGCUCUGCAAUUGAUCUCAAUGCAUUGUUUGAGCCCUGUAAGGUUCCUAAACUGUAGUUUCAACAGCAGAUUCCUCCUUUAUGUAGUUGGCCUGCAUUCUGGAUAGGCUCAUAACUUGUAUCACAGAGCACUUUUUUGGUGACAAAAAUUAUCCAGAAGGUUCUGAGGCCUCCUGCUUGGCCUCCAGGCUUUUCAUAUGAAUUGCAAAUAUGUUACUGAACAUCAAGUGGAGUUUUUUGUUUUGUUUUGUUUUAAUUGUAAUGCAUAUUUUGUAUUGUAUAUGUAAUCAAUGGGCUGAUGAAUUCCAUUGCAAAAAGCAAGGUUUGUAUGGAAUGUAGCUGCCUUUCCAUCCUCCUUUAAUAUUAUUUGGUCCAAACAAAUGAGAAUGUGUGACAAAUGAGAGCAAAUUCUACUCUCUGCCUACAUCAGACCAGUACUACACAUUUUCAUGUUUUCCUCAAACUAAAAAGCCUAGAAGAUUGCUGUGCAUUUAAACUGAACACCGAGAAUGACUGACUGGAUUCUAAGGGAGCAAUCUGAUUCUGACUUGCAAGUUCUUAGACUUUGUGCUUACAAGGUACUCUAUCCACUGAGAGUUGCUUCUCUCCUACUCAUUGUGGGAAACAUCAGGAACCGAUUGAACAAAUUUAAGUCUCUAUCUGGGUUAUAAUUCUACAGGGUGUGGUGAUAUCUUUAGAGCUGACUAGCAGCCAAAUAUACAUGGGUCCUGCCAACAGCACUGGUACCUGAGCAGAGUAAAAUCCCAACCAGAGAUUGUACAGUACUGUAUUGGUUAAUACCAGAGAAGGGCACUAGAGAUGCUAUUAGACUGCCCUCUACAGGAAAGAAAAAUUUAACAAGCUAUUUAACAAGCUUACCAUAGGGACAAAUUCACUGAAAUGAAAUCUUUCUCAAGAGAAUUUGUUGUUCCCUUUCAACAUAAAUAUAUGUUGAUAGAUAACUUGAAAUAGCGGGAGAAUUUUUAAUGCAGUAGUAAAUAAACCUUGUGUACUCUGCAAUCCUAUGCACACAUACUGGGCAGUAAGCUUCGUCGAACAUUGGAGGGGACUUACUUCUGAGCAAAGACGCAUAGGAUUGUGGUGUCAGGUUCUAAAACCAGAGUCACACCAGAAUCCUGUGAUACAAUGGAAGAUCUUUUGGUUUAAUUCUAGAACCAAGAAACUUCAUCCAAUGCAACUCGGAGACUAGAAACCUGCUACUCAGUAGAAUCCUUUGUUGUGGUGGGGCUUAGUGUUUAAUUUUAAGAUAACCCUUGCAGCAGCGACAACAAAAUGCUAGCAAUUUAUCAUGAAACAACACCUUGGGGAAAAACCUGAAGUUAUCUUGGCAGGAGUUCUGCAGCGGAACGUGAUUGUUAAUAGCAGCAGUGAAACCAGUUUUGGAUUAAAUUUCAGACAGAUCUGUAUCUGUUUAGAUUUGGACACCUGAAAAUACAAAGAGACAAAGUUCAGUGCUGCCUUGAUGCUUACGCCACCACAAUAUUUGUGCAAGGUGUUUAUGAAAUGUUGGUGAGAACCAUGGGCUUAUUCCAGAGAAAGUGUGCUGGAACACAACAGCUGGACUUUGGCAAGCUUAAUAAUACUUUUUGCAUAUUGAGUCUCAGAACAUUGCAAUCCAUAAUCUUUUGCUCCCAAAUAGUCCUGGUUAGGGCUACCUAGUGGCCAGUGAAAAAAUGGGCUGGCUUGCAGGAACUAGCACAUGAAGCUUUUUCGUGGCAUAGAGAUAAACAUCAUCAUUUGUUAAUUAAUGCAAAUCAAACUACCUUUUAACAGGUCCAGUUUAAAGUCUGGUAACUGUUCAGCAGCUUCAGACUUGAGAGGUCUCUUGUACCUGUAAAAGUCAUGUGGAAGGGACUAAUUCAUCAGCUUCUGCCUUCAUGACAUGUAUGUGCAAGGAACAGUCACGCUUUGACAAACUUCUCUAUUCUGUGCAUUUUUAGUUGAAAUAAUGGGCCUUAUUUAAUAAUAAAACAUGCAUAAGACUGCAGACUUAGAAGUACAAGAGCCUCAUGGGAGCUGGGCCUGGAUACGCUUGCUAAAAAGCAGGUGCACAAUGAUGUGACGAGAACAAAGGGGACACAUUUCCCUUUCCAUCUCCAUGUUUUGAAUGUGGAAGAGACAUAUUUUGUUAGAGUUUUGCUCUAAUGGGCUCAGCCCUGAGAAAGGUUUGAACAAUAGUCAAACAGAGGAGGUGGAAAAAUCAGAGCUAAAGCACAACAAACUCUGUGGGCAAGGUUAUAAGAUAGAGAUUUCAGCUCCAUUAUUUACCUCAAUUUUUGUUGCUCUUCUCAUCAGUGAGACAUCUGUGAUAUGAAUUGGUUGAGGAUAACAGCCAAACUAAGGAACACUGGGACAAUUAAACCAACAAAUGCCAAUUGUUACACGCGAUGAUGCACAAGAAACAAAAAGCAUUGACUCAACCCCAUUGGACUGACUUAGCUUGAGUGUUUUUUGUUUGCGUCUUUGUAUUUGUAGAGUAAAAGUGUCACAUUUUAUUAUUUUUUGCCCCCAAAUCUUGAUGUGUAUAUUGUCUGUCAUAAAUGUCAUGUUGAGUUGUUUUGGUUUUAUGCCAUGCUUUGAAACUGGUGACAUGAAGGUUUUCUCUCUAUAAAAAAAAAACCAACACAAAAAACUGGAAGGAAUUCAGAUGUUUACACACUCUAAAUUGCUUUCUGCAAUGCCCCAGCUAUCAUUUAACAAGCAGUAAUAGCAGUGUUUUAAAACAAACACCGCUAUUGCCAUUAGCUAGGCCACCGGAGAACUCCUGUUCCCAGGAUGUAAGCAAAUUGGGAGGAAGGUGAUGGGCCUUGAUCAUGGUCAUAAGGAGAGAUGUCUCAGAUGGGUUUAUUUGAUACUGCUUUCUGUGCCCAAAUCGAAUGUUUACUAAGAAACCUGAAUCUAGCAGGCAACAGAUGCUCAUGGAAACAGCAUAAGGUUUCCACAUUUUUUCCUGGCCCCAUUCCUUUCUCUUUAGCAGCAGCUCCAGACACUGAAAGUGAGUAGAAGCAGCAUUUUCAGCCAUGGAGAAAUAAGCCUUAGCUGAGUUAAAUAAGACUUCCUAGCAGGAAAGGAUAGAAUGACAGCCAAAAUGAUAUAGAAAAGAUGCUUAGUUUGUGUACAUCAGGCUGCUGUCAAAGCCACAGGAGCAAGGCCAUUAAAAAAAGAUCUGGCAAACCUAAGUGUUAGAAAAUUCUAUAAUAAGAUACUCUGGCACCAGUUGUAACAUAAAAACCUUCCUCGAGCCAAUUUUUUUUCCAUUUAAAACAAACACCUUAGCUUGCUAAUAUGCAGAGUAAAGUUGGCUCCAUAACAAACCUUUUUUAGUUAUUUCAAACAUACCUGUUUGGAGGCAGCGCUUUCAUUUUUUGGGGGGUAAAGCUCAGUGUGGUUGCCUGCCAGGGCAGAAGGCAAUUUAUUUUAUUUUAUUUACUUUAAUGCCUGACACACUCAGUCCACACUGAAGUUCUCUCUGAAGGCCCACAGCAUCACGACAUUGGUUUUAUUUCCUCAGUGAAUACUGAGAAUUGUCGUUUGGUGCUGAUUAUAAUUGAAUUGUAGUUUUGGUGCUGGUUAUAAUUUAAAGUACUUCCCUGCCAAACUACAAUUCCCAACGUCUUUCUCAAGUGAAGAGGGGAAUAAUGGUUAAACUAGUUUGUGGAUAGACUCUUCAUCAUCUUAUCUACUGAAUGUGGAAGUCUCUGAGCUUUUUUGAAGGAAGUUCCUCAUAAGCUUUGUGGCAACUGGUAUGUUUUUAGGGCUAGAGUUCAGGCCUCUUUUCCUUGCAGGGCAGCUGUUGAAUAUGAAUUACCUUCUAAGCUAGAAUGACCCAGGUCUUGUUGACAAGAGGCUCUUUCUGUUACUGAAGACCUCAGAAAAAUUGUUUGUGUGUGCUUGAAUACUAAAUAAAAAAUGUGACAUUAUAAGUGCAAUUUUUAUGUCUGACUACGAUGGUGGAUAAAAAUCAAUAGUGCAAAGGUCCUUAAAGUUGCCCUGUGGGCAACAUUCGGAAUUUUGAUUGUCACAGAAGCCACCACAAAAUGGCUGCUGUUGGGAAUCCAACCAUUCACAAAAUGGCAGCCGUGGGGCAUGGCCAGUCACAAAAUUUUAAACAGAAACACCAUACAUAUAAUAAGGGGGAGUAUGUCCCCUCAUACCCUGCUGCUUUUAGGGUUUCUCAAGGUAUUGGGCUAGCCACUGCUGCAAACAAUGUGCUGCAUUCUCUGGGGACAAGUGAGUCGUCUAAGAACAGAAACUUAGCACAAGGUUGAGUCUGUGCCUCAAAUAUCAAACCACAUCAGUGCAAGAUCUGCAAAUUUUUGCCCCAGGUUUGUGUGAGCACUUCCUUCCCUCUGCUGCCAACAAGAGAAGAAAAGCCUGUACAGGCAACCUUCUCUUGACAGAGAUGGAGGAGACCUCCAAUCAAUAGGACCACCAGAAACAAGUCAAGGGCUUGAACCAGAGCUUAACUCAAAUAUAUUAUUCAGUAAACAGAAGCAUGUACAGAGUUCCCAAAACCAGCUGGAAUUAGGUGGGAAGGGUUUGCACAUGACAGGACAUUGCAACUGUUAUAGGAAAAAAAUUGAGGUAGGCUUUUCAGCCCAAGUCUCCAUCAAUAGGGACUCUGUGUGUCCUUAUUGGUCAGAGAAGAAUGGAGGCAGAAUCCAGUGAAAGACAACUGAACAGAGUGCUUAGGUGCCCUAUGAAUAAACAGAGGAAGGUGACCACCCCAGGCAGCAGAUAUAUGGGGGGGGCAGAUAUGUUGCUCCUCCUCAGCCCCCUAAAUUAGCCUGCUGCAUCUGGUGUGUUGGAGGAUGCUGUCGAGUUGUCAGUGUUGCAUUAAGAUUCAACUACCAGUCCUGUUGGCUUCUGUUCAUGGGGAUAUGGUGUCGUCCUUUUAUGUCUCACUCACCUAGCAAAAUAUAUUGGGCUGGCCCUGAGAGUGCUGCAGUUGGGCCUGGGAGACCUUGAUUCAAAUCCCUGUUUACUCAUGGCUAUGACACUGGUUCGCCUCAAACAAGUUCCCCAUCUGUAUAACAUAAAAUCUGUAAAAUUCUGUACAGUAUGGUGUAAAUCAUUAUACUGUACAUAUUUUAAGAAGUGCUGUUGCUGUAUGAAGUCACUUAUAAAGGAAAUAAUGAAUUUGGGUCAGCUUGGCCUGGUGACCUUCACUCCCUCCAUCGAGGCUUGUGGAGAAAUUAACGGAUCAAAUGUAGUUAAUUAUUGUACUGUCUGAGUCAACCUUGUGGGAAACUGUGAUGAUCCUGGAACAUGAGAAAUUAGGACAGUGUGCCUGCCUCUUAAAAGAGGGAAAGACCUUUACGGCUAUUAAAGCCACAUUGAGGAUACAAUCCUAUGCAUGUUUUCUUAGCUAUAAACCCCUGAAUACACUUACAGAUUGAGGUUGAAUCCUGACAAGACAGAAGUACUAUUUUGGGGGGACAGGAAGCGGGCGGG